AUGGCAUCUCUAUCCCUCGCCAGUCUGUUGGUACUGAUGCUGGGUUGCCUGUCCUUGAUUCCUUGGGUUGCCGCACAGUCAUGUUACAAUCAAAGCACUGCCAUCAAUGGGACGGCGUUCCCAGCGUUGAUUGACGCAACCACAGAGGAUCUCACGAAAGGCCUCGAGGCCGGUUUGUUCACAAGUGUUGACCUUGUGACGGCCUAUAUCCAGCGCAUCAUGGAAGUCAAUGCGACGUUGCACAUGGUGACACAGCUCAAUCCAGACGCCCUCUCCAUUGCAGCCGAACUUGACAAGCAGCGCGCCAAUGGAGUUGUCUACGGACCCUUGCAUGGGAUUCCCAUACUUAUCAAGAACAACAUUGCCACCGCCGACAAAAUGGACAACACCGCAGGCUCCUACGCUCUGGCCGGUGCCAAAGUACCCAGAGACAGCACGAUGGCCGCAAAGCUCCGGAAGGCUGGAGCAGUCAUUCUGGGCAAGACCAAUCUAUCCCAAUGGGCCAAUUACCGAAGCUUCAAUAGCAGCAAUGGCUGGUCUGCUAUCGGAGGGCAGACGCAAGGCGCUUAUUAUCCAGGUCAGGACCCCUCAGGGUCGUCUUCUGGCAGUGGCGUGUCCAGCUCUCUAGGUCUCGCUCUUGCGGCUCUUGGGACAGAGACGGACGGAUCGAUCCUGUCCCCUUCAGAUGUCAACAACCUUGUCGGGAUCAAACCAACAGUUGGCCUGACUUCCAGGGACUUGGUCAUUCCUAUAUCCGAACAUCAGGAUACCGUGGGACCUAUGGCUCGCACCGUGAAGGAUGCGGCAUACGUCCUAGCGGCUAUCGCUGGAAAAUCUCCCUACGACAACUACACCGAUGCCAUACCAUUCGACACAAUCCCCGACUAUGUUGCUGCAUGUAAUUUCUCGGCUCUGCAGGGAAAACGCAUUGGAGUUCCACGGAACUUGAUUGACUUGACGGCUGACCCUCCUGCGGCGCCAAUUGUCCCAGUCUUCAACGCAGCUCUUGACAUCCUACGAAAGGCCGGUGCGAUCAUUGUUGACAACACCAACUUCACCGGUUAUGAAGCUCUGAAUGAAGGCGAUUACAGCAAUGUUGUGUUGGAGGCGGAUUUCAUCAGCGACCUUCCCAAGGAGUAUCUUUCUCAGCUGUCGUACAACCCUAAUCAAGUGCAUUCGGUUGCCGAUGUCCGCAAUUUCACGCACGCUUUCCCUCUGGAAGACUGGCCGGAACGUGAUACGCUGGUCUGGGAUGGUGCUCUUGCCCUGGGCUUCAACAAUACAUCACCAGAAUUCUGGUCGAAUUAUACCAUGAACACCUACCUGGCCGGUCCUCUGGGCGUGACAGGGGCCUUGAAGAAUUAUUCUCUGGAUGCACUUGUUGUGCCGACCGAAUUUUCACCCAACUUUCCUGCCUUGAUCGGCUCUCCCGUGAUCACCGUUCCUCUGGGUGCUUAUCCUCCGGAGACCGAAGUUCUCAUGAACGGAUUCGGCACCUUGAAUGCCACAGCACCCAACAUCCCCUUCGGGAUCAGCUUCAUGGGUGCGCACUUUAGCGAAGAAUUGUUGGUUGGUUUGGCCUACGCGUUCGAGCAGAGAACGCUGGUCAGAAACAGCAUUACGCCUUACAUCCAGCCAGUGACUGAACUCGUCGACGUUGUCAAUGCAAGGUCAAAAUUGGCAAGACCAUGA